CAAAAGAAAGAAUACGUGCAACGCAAGCAUGUAAGGCAUGCAAGGUUAAGAAAACAAAAUGUUCCGGACACACCGGACCGAAACCGUGUGCCAAAUGCCAACAACGCGGUUCUGAAUGUGUUUUCGAAGCAAUUAUACCUAGAAGAGGUCCUGACCCUAAAAAACGGAACCUUAAUAUACAAAAGGAUGGAGGAGACAAAGUCUCACCAUCAAACUCGGACUACGGUCCGCUGGUUUUUGAUUAUGAAAAAGACCCGUCAUAUAUUUCAACUCCACCGUCUCCUAUCCCACCUGGCUAUUCCUCUUCCAUGGCUAGUUCUCCACGUGAGUUUUCCUCGACCCCAGUUAAUGGUUUCCAAGACCUUCCAUUUGAGCCGUAUCAUGAUGAUCCUGAG